AUGGUACAUCACAUUUCACUCAACGACAUCGAGAAGUCCGACGACACCCAGCGACGUUUCUGGCACCUAGAGACCAUUGGUAUCCGAGAGACGCAAGACCGUGCGCGCACAGCCAAGGAAACUGCUAUUCUUCAGGAGUUCCAUGCUUCAUACCGCAUCGAAGACGGCAGAAGAGUAGUUUCACUCCCAAGAAAGAAAGAUAUAUUGUUGUCGGAUAUUCGCACAAUGGCAGAAAAGCGAUUCCAAACGCUUCAGAUUAGACUACAAGCAAAUGCAGACUUCAAAUCCAUGUACCAUAACCACAUGCUAGAUUACAUCUUAAAGAAUCAAGUAGAGGUUGUCCCUCCCGAUGAAACUUUCGACAAUGUGUUUCACCUGCCUCACCACGCCGUGAAGAAAGGAAAGAGAGGUGCCACGAAAUGCAGAAUAGUCUUUGAUGCAUCAUCACACGAGCAAGGUUUUCCAUCCUUGAACGAUACCUUGGAAAUGGGACCCAAUCUACUACCAGAAAAACUUGCAAUACUCCUACGGUUCCGGAUGUAUGAGAAGGCACUGGACUGUGAUGGGAACCACGCCUUUUUACAAUUGAGUCUGAAUGAGAACGACAGAGAUCUGACAAGAUUUCUUUGGUAUCGUGUGGAGUUAGAUAGUGAUGGAAUAUAUCAAAUUACAAAUGACGUCAUAGCCUAG